GUCGGCGACAGUGCAGUCUGCGUCGACUGUCGCUCCUUCUCUGGUAGUGAGCAGUCCAGACAGGCAGCGUACACACUACAUCAAGCAACAUGCAACGAGAAUCAGCCAGGCGGGGAUUUACUCUAUCCCAUCAGCGUGUCGUUCUCGACAUUGAUUUCUCGGCAAAUGUUAACGGCUAUACGGAACUCACGAUACUUCCAAAUGACACCGAGCUAAGAACAGUGAGCCUCCACUGUCGACAAUGCAUCAUUGAUAAAGUAAUCGUCAACGGUACACCGGCCGAUUUCGUCCAUCAAGACCCGUUAGCAAACAUAGCGAUCUCUAAUCCGACAGAUGUGCACCUUUGGACCGAGCUUAAGCGGAAGACCUAUUCGGCACUUGCAGAGGCAGAUGAGGGAGAGCUGGCUAUCUCCAUUCCGCGAGAUGUUGCCGUCAGAGCAUCCUCGGUCUUGCCGCCAACAACACCUGAAACAGCUCACUCAGAAACCUUCGAGCAGCGACCGAACACCGAGGUUGAUCCGAGCAUCAUCAUACGCAUUGACUAUCAUCUCCGCCACCCGAAGGAAGGCCUGAGCUUUAUCCUGCCUACCAAGACACAUCCAUAUCGGGUUCCGCAUGUGUACACGUCACCAACCUCAGCGGACGCCGCUAGAUGUUGGGCACCUUGUGUUGAUAACCUCUGGGAGCGAUGCACAUGGGAACUUGAAUUCAUCGUGCCACGGUCACUCACUGCUGAGGAAGACGUCAGUAUGACUACGGGGCCUGACAAUAUGCCUGUAAUGGUGGUCUGCAGCGGCGAGUUCAGGGAGCAGGUCGCCCACCCCCAUAGCUCUAAGAAGAGCCUUUGGUUCUAUCGCCAAGAUACCUUAACCUCAGUACAACAUAUUGCAUUUGCUGCCGGGCCCUUCCGGUUGCUUCAGCUGAGGGAUGAGAAACCGGAUGACUCCAGUGAAGGCGACGAAUCGCAUCCAACUCGAUAUCCGAUGCACGCGUUCUGCCUACCGGGUCUGGAGGAUCAUCUUAAACCCACAACUUCAUUCCUCUCCAGCGCUCUGUCAUUCUUCGUCACUGAAUACGGCGCAUAUCCGUUCAGUUCCUACGGCAUCGUCUUCGUUGAUGAUUUACCGAGAGAACGCUCCGACAAUGCUGGAUUGACCGUGGCCUCGAACAACCUGUUACACGGUGAAGAUGCCAUCGACCAGGUAUUCGAAACGCGACAGCAGCUUAGCCACGCGCUCGCAGUACAAUGGGCAGGCAUCAAUAUUAUUCAGAAGACCUGGUCGGACACAUGGCUCGUAAACGCACUCGCGCUCUAUAUGAGCGGACUUUUCUUCAAGAAGACGUUCGGCAACAACGAGUUUCGCUUUCGAAUAGCACGGGACAUGGCAAGAGUAUGCACUAUGGAUAAUGGGGCAAUGCCGCCAAUAUGUCAACCUGGCGCAUAUGAACCGCCUGAUCCGGACUACGCACCCUUCAUCAACAUCAAAGGACCAGUGGUCCUCCACAUCUUGGACCGACACCUUGGCAAGUCUGGCACAUCGCUCGGACUAUCGCGAGUGCUGCCGAAAAUCUUCUUGUCCUCUAUGGCGGGCGAGCUGACCAACAAUACACUCUCGACCCAUUCAUUCUUGCGAACAUGCCGAAAGGUCAGCGGUGUAGACCCCAAAACCUUUGCGGAUCAGUGGAUCUACGGAAGUGGAACACCACGAUUUGGAGUCACGGCGAGUUUCAACAGGAAGAAGAUGGCUGUUGAGGUUACCAUCGCCCAAGAUUGCCCAGCUUAUAUGGCACACGAAGGCGAUCCGGUUGGUCUAGCAGUCUUCAACCCCGUCCAGCUGUUUGAAGGACCGAUUACCAUACGGAUUCACGAAGCCGACGGCACACCGUACGAGCACGUCCUGAAUAUCAACAGCCAAUUCAAAAAGUAUGAAGUACCAUUCAAUACGAAGUAUAAGCGCGUUCGUCGACAUACGAAACGCUAUGCUGCCCGCCAAGCCGCCGCUGCAGCUGCAGCUGCUGGUGAUCAAGAUGCUGCAGAGGCGAUGGUUACUGUGGACAUGUCUUUCGGCCUUGCAUUAUGGGAAGAAGAAGCUCAACGUGAAGCUUGGAGGGUGUCGGAUUGGUCCGAAGAGGAGGAGCACAUCAUGGAAAGCUCGACGUACGAAUGGAUUCGUUGCGAUGCGGAUUUCGAGUGGAUAGCAACCAUACGAUUCGAGCAGCCUGAUUUCAUGUGGACAAGUCAGUUACAGAGAGACAGAGAUGUAGUAGCCCAGCUUGAGGCCAUUCACGCGCUGGCUCGAAUGCCCUCUCUGGUUGUGUCAAGCAUUCUCACCAAGACUGUGUUGGUUGAGAACUACUUUUUCCGUGUCCGUAUGGAGGCAGCUCUCGCUCUGCAAAGCUGCGCGAACAUCGAACACAUCGGAAUGUUCCACCUGUUUAAGCUUUUCACGCGAUACUGUUAUUCGGAAGCAAAUCAUGGCGACCGAGACUUCCGAGAGAAGUUCAUUCCAGAGCCCAACGACUUUAAGGACUUCGCGUCCUACUUCAUUCGAAAGUCGGUGUUAGUCGCUAUCUCCCGUUGUCGAGAUGAUUCCAAUGGAAAUACCUGGUCGGUGGCGAGGCGCUUAUUCAUUGACGUCUUGCGCUACAAUAACAACGCUAAGAACCAGUAUUCGGACUCUCGUUACCUGAGCACCGCUAUUGUUGCCCUUGGAGGAGCUCUCGUGCCUGGCGUGCCCCCAGAACGAGGCAUUCUCACAGAUGCUGAAGGACCAGUGCCACUGACAGAGAGUGACGCCACAAUCCUUGAAGAAGCCGUCCAGGAAGUUGAACGCUACCGCCUUCGAGACCAGUACGUGCCGUCGCAACAUAAUGUCAUCACAAUCGCAGCGCUCGAGUUCAAGCUCAUGCUCAUGCUUGGAGGGCUUAUUGCGACAGACGGCAAUUUUUUCCUUGAAUACACCAGAGAAGAGAACUUCGUUCCUGUUCGACUUGCUGCCUUCGAUGCACUUCUGGUAAUGAAGUGGUACAUGCGUCCAGCACUGAUCAGAUACUUCUUCUCUGUCGUCAUCAACGAUCCGUCCCGCGUUAUACGGCGACAUCUAGCACAUGCAAUGGUCGAAAGUCUGGGCGUCCUAUAUCAAAUCGGGGAGCUUGGAUCGGGGCACAAAAAGGAACCAAUAUUGAUUGAGGAAGACGGGACACAGAAGAAGAAACCCAAAUCGUCUGAGGCGGCCGUUAUGGCUCGUGCCCUCCGCAAGGAGUUGCAAAAGUCGGCAACGUUUCGUGAAUGCAUCCUGCCCACAAUGCAAAAUUUGUCCAUCGAUCAGGAAGUGCGAUGGUGCAUGAUCCAGCUUGCUGAAUUCUUCUACAAGCCUCAUGAGGAAGCGCUGCCUAAAGUCACCAUAACACUGCCACCAACGCCUAUUUCAGAGACUGCACCUCAACUUGCUACGCCUGUUCUAGCACCUCCGGUGCCGGCGUUGCCGAAGAUCAAGGCAAUCAAGAUCGGCAUCUCUGGCAUUCAGAAGGAUCGUCCUUUGACUCCGAGCGGAGCGUUACCACCAUUAGCUCCUGCCGUGCGGCAUGAUAUUUCACCCACAAAUGGGACUGCAGCAGUACCCAUUGCGCCAAUCUCAAUCAAACCGAAGAAAAUCAAACCGCUAGAGAGAGCACAAGAGAGGGGGAUGUCCUCAAAUGAUCUGAAGGCGUGUCGACAAGCGCUCAAGAGGCUCAACAUGAACAAGCAUGCCGACUUGUUCAGAAUGCCGGUGGACCCUAUCAGGGAUCGGGCGCCGAACUACUUUGACGUUAUCAAAAACCCCAUGGAUCUGAGCAAUAUCAGCGCGAAGCUGGAAGACGGCCGAUAUGGCGAUAGGUUCGCCUUUGAGCAAGACUUCCGGCUAAUGAUCCAGAACGCACAUACAUACAAUCCCCUCGGUACUUACGCUCACACCGAGGCGAACAAGUUACAGGAGUUCUUUGACAAACAAUGGGCAAGGAUCAGCAAGACACUCGACGCUGCACAAAGUAAAGAAGAAGCCGUUUUACUCUCGGCCGUAGCACCUCCCUCUACAAUACCGGCAGAAAUUGCAUCGCCUGUUGCACCGUCUGCAACAGUAGCCCAACCCUCAGCCAAGAAAGCAAAAAUAGUUGACAUGAACGGAACGGCUACUCCAACUACUGUGAAGAUCAAACCAAAGGUCAAGCCUCCCGCAACUGACCAAACCCCAAUCGCACCCGCCGCGACGCCAGAUACUGCGCCGCCACCAAUAGCGAAAUUGGAGGCUAAGGUCAAACUGCCCAAAGUCAAGAUCAGCGUUGGCCCCAAGCGAACAACACCCAAGGGGCCAAAGAAGCGAGAUGCUGCAGACGCUGCGUUGGAUGAGUUACUGGGGGAGGAAGUCGAUGCUAUGGAAGCUGAGCGACCGGUGAAGAAGCCUAGAAAGUCUGCCCCGUCCGCGCCACCCCCGAUCGAAGAUGAACUAUUAGCGUCGCUUGAAGAAGAGGUCGCUCACGCGGCCACCUCGACUGCACAACCCAUCGAGCCCCGAUUCUCCGAGACACCGCCGGUCGUACCGCCUCCAAUGGAAGUACCUCCGCCAGUACCGGCACCAGCGCCAGCAGCGGGACCUGCGAUUGCAUCUUCCCCUUCAAAGCGCAAAACAGAACCCACCCCUAGGACAAGUGAUGAGCCUGUCAAUGAAAAGAAAUGUCGCGCUGUAAUGAAGAUUGUGAAGGCACUGCCUCAAGCAUACAUCUUCCUGCGUCCGGUGGAUCCGAUUGCGGAUGGCUGCCCAACGUACUACGACGAAAUCAAGAAUCCGAUGGAUUUUGGUACAAUGGAGAAUAAACUGACCGAGGGUCGCUACGACACAAUGAGCGCAUUCGCUGCGGACUUCGACCUUGUGAUUGGCAAUUGUCGUACGUUCAAUCCGCCUGGCACGGACGCAUCCAUUAUGGCGGAUAUUGUGGAUAAGGCUUUCAAGAAAGAAUGGAGCAAGGUCCUUGUGAAGAAGCUUGCUUACAAUGAGAAGCGCAGCUUGCAGACCGCCAUCAAUAAGCUGCGCCAGAUGCCUUCAGCGUUUGUGUUCUUGGAUCCAGUGGAUCCAGUGGCACUUGGCAUUCCUACGUAUUUCGACGUCAUUCCUAAGAAGGACGCUCGAGAUUUGUCUACGAUCAAAACCAAGCUUGACCAAGACAAGUACGACUCGAUUGAGGCCCUCGAUGCUGACAUCCGCCUAAUGGUAGACAACGCGAUCAAAUUCAAUGGGGCAGAGUCAGAGGUUGCAGCUGCAGCUCGGCAGGUCGAUAAGGAUUACAAUGUCCUCGUCAAGCCGUUCCGGACUCCAGCUACAAACGGGGCAACGAAGGGCAAGAGAAAGGAGACGGAUGAGAAGACAGUAGCACCGGGCGGGCCUGCCAAGAAGCAGAAGAAAGCGGUAUGAAGAAACACGUAUAUAUCCAUUAAUCACAUCGUACAAUGUAGCCUUAGUCAAUCUUGCUUGUUUCUGUUGUACUUCGUAUUUCACCGCUUGCACGACGGAUUACUGGGCCCAGGAGGCCAAGUAUGUACUGCGCUGCAAAGUACGAGGGUGCGAGUGAGCCAAUAAUGACGGCUAGCGUUGGCACCACCGACGGGGGAAGGAAGCCAAAGCGUAGUUUUUCCAGUGUAAGUGUAAAAAGAACUUCUCCUUGCUCGAAGGAUUCAUUACGAUGCACCCCACUGUUCUUUGCCCGUAUUUGAGCAUAGUGUGUCCGAGUGAUAGGGCUGCGGAUGCUCAAUGAUAGCUCAGGAUGAGCCUGUACCAGGGCUUGGGGGUCGAAGAUCCUCAGCUGCCAGUCUACCGGGAACCAAGCCGGCCAUGAUAACCGCAAUGUAAACGCAUGAGAAUCCCAUAUCGUCGCUGCCGGGAAGCUGUCCAGGUCUAGUACGACCCACAGGGCAUGUGAGCCGCCAUCUGCCGUGUCUUGAUGGCGAUACGCUAUCUCCCAAGGGGUGCCUUCUGGUACUAGCACAGGUUUCAUCGUCCAUAUACGAUCAGCGGGCGUUGAUGAGUCGAGCAAUGGCCUGCCCAGUUCUUCUUUCUCUGAAUCAGGUAUGUCAUGAUGCGUACCGCCAAAAAAGUUGAUGAUUUCUGUAUUGGCUGUGGACUGGCGAGCAAGGAGGAGGAGGACCACGGACACCAGCAGCAUUCU